GCGGACGAAACCGUCGUCAGGCAGGUUUCCAACACCAGCCGCAAGUCGCAGCCGGCCAGGACGCUUUCAAAAGGUUCGGCGAAGAAUGUGUCUCCCGAUGCUCAGAUGGCCAGUGAAAAGAAGCAGGCAUCCAAAGGCCUGAGUCGGAAGAAGUCGAAGGAGACGAUGCCGAGAGUCUCCCAAAGGUGCCCGCUGCUGAUGGAUAAUUGGACACCGGAUCCGGAGUGGGCGACUCCCAGCAACAAAGAGAAGGCCAAGGUGCCGAAGUCCAUGGUUUGCCAACUCCUCGGCGCGUGA